AUGGAUUUCCCUACCGGACGUGGCGGCUGCUUCAACUGCGGCGAGGCCUCUCACCAGGCCAAGGACUGCCCCAAGAAGGGUAAUCCCACCUGCUACAACUGCGGCGGCCAGGGUCACUUGAGCCGUGAAUGCCAGGAACCCGCUAAGGAGAAGUCGUGCUACCGCUGCGGUCAGACCGGUCACCUUUCCCGCGAAUGCCCCCAGGGCGGCGACAGCAACUACAGCGGCGGUGGCAGCCAGGAGUGCUACAAGUGCGGACAGGUCGGCCACAUCGCCCGUCACUGCCCCCAGGGUGGUAACUACGGCGGCUACGGCAGCGGUUACGGUGGUGGUUUCGGCGGUGCCGGUGGCCGUCAGCAGACCUGCUACUCGUGCGGUGGCUUCGGCCACAUGGCUCGUGACUGCACCCAGGGCCAGAAGUGCUACAACUGUGGCGAGGUUGGCCACGUUUCCCGUGACUGCCCUACUGAGGCCAAGGGUGAGCGCAUGUGCUACAAGUGCAAGCAGCCCGGCCACGUGCAGUCCGCUUGCCCUAACUAA